AUGAUUUUUCUAACAGAAGAAAUUGGCCAUCAGCUUAAAACUGCCAUGCUCUCAAAGUAUCGGAAUGAUUUAUGGAACCAGAAUGCUUGUGUGCUUCUUACACUUUUGUUCAUGAUUUUGACAUUAUUUAUUGUCAAACUGAACAUGCGCAGCCAGGAAUGUCUGAUUGUUUUUUCCCUCGUAGCUUGUGACAAUCCUUUAGGUAUGGAAGCACAUGAAAUUUGGGACGGAGACGUAACAGCAAAUAGCUACAAAAGUCUUUAUGAACCAUACCGAGCUCGGCUUAAUGGCGCCAGCGGAUGGCAGGUCCAAAGCGAUCGUUCUAACUCUCCUUUCAUUCAAGUAAAGUUCGGGAGUGGUGACUUCACGCUUACAGGGGUGGCGACACAAGCCGUGCACAGCAAUCUAGUCAAGUCCUAUACCCUCUCGUACAGUUACGACGGCAUAGAUUGGGUGGAUUAUCGAGAAGAUGGAAGAGUUAAGAUCUUUGAGGGAAACAACCCCUCCACCAAGACUGUAAAGCACGAAUUACUUAGGGACGUCAUCCCUCUGUACAUCAGAUUGAAUGUGAAGGAUUCAACGUCUGCAUACGCUGGACUUAGAUUAGAACUUUAUGGCUGCAAACGUUACGUUGUUGUCAAUAACAACGAUGCUAUUGGUCGUCCAACAUCUCAAUCUGGAAAUCUGACAGACACCUCUGCGCUUGCAAUCGAUGGCAACAGAACUAAUUACGCGGCCAGUUCCUGUUCAUUUACCGGCGAAACCGAGAUACCCUGGUGGCAAGUCUAUCUGCAGUCAACGAAGACCGUAACAGGAGUAUUUAUCGUAAACAGUGGCGACGAAAACUACCGAGAGGUCACAGAACUAUCAAUUAGAGUCGGCUUUAUACAGAACAGAGGAGGAAUUGGAAACCCGACGUGUGGUGGACAGUCCCAUUUUUUCUCAAGAGGCGAAUCCAGACUGGUUUCCUGCGUGCCGGAAGUGGAGGGCAGAUUCGUAACCAUAUUUGCCCUGCAAGUCAAUUCAUCGCUUAGCCUAUGUGAGGUGGAAGUUGAAAUAAGCGAUAUAGUCAGUCAAGAAGGUCUGGGAAUGUUCUCGGAUCGUAUCCCGGAUGAUCGCAUCACUGCCUCGUCUUGGCUCAGCGCCAAACAUCUACCACGUUAUGGGAGACUGGACAGGAACAUGGGCCACGGAGCGUGGUGUAGUGCACGGAACGACGCUCAGCCUUAUUUGGAAAUUGACGUGGAAAUCGAACACAUGAUCACUGGUAUUAUUAUCCAGGGUAAACAUCGGCUGUCCUCCGAUAAGCUCGGAUUUGCUUGGGUUACCGAGUUCUUUCUGUCUUUUACCGCCAACCGGGAAAACUGGACUUUUGUUACCGAUGUUAAGACCAGCCAACCUAUUGUGAGUAAAAUCAGCCGUACGGAAAUGUCUUAUUUAAAGCUAAUUUUGUUUCAGGAUUUACAGCCUGUUUGUUCCGCUCCCUUGGGAAUGGAAUCAAGACUAAUACGAAACUCGGCCAUUCGUCAUUCCAGUUAUCAUUCAUAUUACUAUGGCUAUCAAGCAAGGCUCAGAAAUAGUUAUUAUUGGUUACCACAAAAUGCGGAUGAAUUCGCCUUCCUUAAGAUUGAUUUUGGGGCUUACAAACAGCGUUUUACCGCAUUGGCCAUACAAUCUGGGGGUGGUGGCUUUGUGACCAAAUUCAAAUUAUCCUACAGUGUGGAGGGCUGGUCGUGGAGGAACUGGAUCGAAGACGCUCGCGAACAAAUUUUUUAUGGAACUAAAAACAGAAGAAGCAUCAGGAGAUUUUUUUUGCCAUAUUCUGUAGAAGCACGCUACUUACUAAUUAGCCUUCUAGCUUAUGUCGGAAGUAGGGAUACUCGUAUUGAGGUCUAUGGAUGUAAAGGGGAUUAUUCUGCCCUUACGGUGGGAGUUCAGCGCAUCGACAAAAUUGCCAAUUCUUCUAUGACCGCCUCAAGCUGGAAACCUGGUUACUACCCUUAUGCAGCGAGGUUGUACAGGUCGAUUGGAAGUGGUUCUUGGUGUGCGGCUGCUGCCAAAAAAGAUGAAUAUCUGCAGGUGGAUCUAGGAACACAAUACAACUUGGUCAAAAUAGGGCUGCAAGGUGACGCUGCAUCGGGCUCAGGAGUAAAACGGUUCUACAUUGCUUACUCCGGAAAUGGAGGAAAGUGGACUGAUUACAUGAUACAUGGAGUGGCAAAGCAAUUUGAAAGUGUCAGUGGUGACUCAUUACUCCGAACCGUUUUUGAACGAACUUUUAUCGCGAAGAUGAUCAGGAUUAUCGUAAACAGCUGGAACAAUUGGCCGUGUUUGAGAAUGGAGCUGUAUCAUACGGGUUGUAAAAACGACUUGAGCUUCAGUCUUAAAGAAGCCAAAAAUGGAGGAUACACAGCAUCAAGUUUUCUUGGACCUGGGUUUGAGCCAUGGCGUGCAAGCAUUCUCAUUUCAAGCAAACAACAUGGCUGGUGCGCAGAAAACAGUUCAGCCUCAGAGUAUUUGCAAAUUGAUCUGGGAAUUCUUCAUCAAGUCACUGGAGUUUUGACCAGAGGAAUCGUUGCAGGGGUUUUAGAGAAGGAAGCCUGGGUGGAACAAUACACGAUUCAAUACAGCAUACUAGGAGAUCACUGGAUUGAUCACAAGGAGGAAGACGUCGUCAAGACAUAUGAUGCAAAUGCAGAUGCAGUUUUUCCAAAGAGCCAGGUCACCAGUUUCCACGCCCGUUUUGUUCGAGUGAUUCCUGAACAGUGGCAUUUUAGACCAUGCAUGAAGUUGGAACUCAAAGGCUGCGAAGAGUGUUCAUCCCCAUUGGGAAUGGAGCAUGGUGAGAUCAACAGCAACCGAAUAAAAACAUCAACUCCUACCUCAAGAUCUACUAAUUCUCGACUACGCCACGGAUAUGAGUUUUUGGCUAGUUUCUCCUGGGACCCAUUUAUUCAAGUUGACUUAGGGCCGGAAAAUAAACGACUGACGGCCUUUGCUUUGCAAGGAAGGGAUAACACUUACAAUACUUGGGCCGUCUACGUGAAAUAUGCAAUCGGGGAUGGGUCAGAAUGGUUUAAUUAUACAGAAAAUGGAGAGAAAAAGAUAUUUGAAAGAGACCAACACAUGGACAUGAUAAGCAAACAUUUCUUCAAACGUACCUUUACGACUCGUUUCAUUCGUGUUAUGUUACUUACAUGGUCUUUUGAUGCGGGCGUUAGAAUUGAACUGUACGGCUGUCCAGUGUGCGAAAAUCCCCUUGGCAUUGAAGGUGGUCUUCACAACAUUACUGUAUCCUCCGUCCGUGGAGUUGGGUACGAACCUUGGCGGGGACGACUUAACUCUGCAGGGAUCUGGCGCCCUUACACCAAUCAAAUAUACGAAUUCCUUCAAGUGCGCUUUGAUCAAGUGAUGACCGUAAUAGGUAUUGCCACUCAGGGUGAUAGUGGCCCGUGUGGAAGAGUUAGGAGAUUCUGGUUGUACCAUAGUUUGGACGGAAUGCGAUUUGAAUUAUACAACGAUCCUAUAAUGGGAAAUAAAAAAGAGAAACUGGUUUUUGGCAACUGUCUCGUUGUUGCAUCCGUGUACAAGAACGUUAACAAACGAAUGCGCGUUGUUGGUAACUACCUGGUGGUGAACCUAAGCAUUGCAGACAUGUUGCUGGCAAUUUUCAGUUUGUCGCGUAUGUUAACUCUCGUUCAUGUUGGCUACGAGUGGCUAGUCGGCGGAUUAUUGGGUUUGUUCCUCUGCAAAGCGCAACACUUUUUUAUCAUCCAGUUACUGUUUGUUUCUACGAUGAACUUCAUGGCAAUUGCUGUCGAUCGAUUUGUUGCUGUUUUCUUCCCGUUCUCGCUGAUUUUGAAAGGAAAAUUGUUUUAUUUUAUCGUCGGGGCCACGUGGAUCAUUCCUAGCGCUCUAUUCGCGUUUUACUGGAAAAUGAUGGACAUGGAAGUGCGUGGUGGUACGACAGUUUGCUUUGCGAAUGUGCUGAAAAUCUUUCCAACUGUAAAACACUUUUAUGAUUUUAAGGUCGCAGAAAGUGUGAUUGUUACUGGUGUUACUCUUACAAUAACAGUCAGUCUGUACAUCGCCAUUGGAGCGAAGUUAUUACUCAGACGACUUCCAGGAAAUGAGCAAGAAGCAGACACGCGUCGUAGGGAAGCAGUUGCACGAAAAGUUUUCCGAAUGAUGUUCAUCGUGGUAUUGGUGUAUUGUCUGUGUUGGAGUCCGCAGUGGAUUAUAUCAAUCAUUUGUAAUUUGGUCGAACGCCAGAGGCCGAUCUGUAAUAAUCCGAAUGCAAAUUUUGUGAAACUUGUUGUCGCUUAUUCAAACAGUGCAAUCACGCCGUUUAUCUAUCCCAUAUUCUCUGGAAACUUUCGCACAAGCUUCCAACAAAUCUUGACGGGCGGUUUUAGCUGGAAACGUGGAAGGGUUGCCCCUGAGGAUCAGAAACGCAAUUCCUCACGCAAAAAGCACUAUAAAGCAGAGCCAGAUGAUGAAGUACAAAGCCACAGACCAGAGGCCACUAGAAUUCGCCCAUCUGGCGUCGUUGCUAUUCCUGUUGGAUAUGCUAAGCAAGAGGAAUUACGUGGUAAUGAGAAUAACGACGAAACAAAAUUUGUGAAGUUACGCUACGUUAUAAAGGCCCAACACGUUCGCGUCAGACCGACUUUUUUUUAUAAACACAAAUGCAUGAGGAUUGAGUUAUACGGAUGCUCUGCUAAUGAACUAGACGGUGACAAGUCCAUUGGGUUCGAGACUGGAAAGGUAGCAGAUCAAUCCUUGACCGCAUCAAGCACUCUAAACAAGUAUUACCGACCUGAAUUUGGCAGAUUGAACAGUUUAAUUGAAGGAGGUUCCUGGUGCGCUAGAGAAACAAAUACAAGCGAAUAUUUGCAGGUGGACCUACAGGAGAUACAUAAGAUCAGUAAUAUCAUACUACAGGGAAAGUACACAGGCUCUGCGCAAGGAAAUGGAUGGGUUACCAAGUUUUCAGUCACUUACAGUGACGAUGGAAUUGUGUGGAGCCGACACAGCGAGGGUGGAGUACAAGUAUUUCUGGGAAAUGACCUGAAUAACAUGGCAAGGAAUCAUGAAAUAGUGCCAUCACUGUACGCUCGUUUUGUCCGGCUGCAUGCAGUGGAAUGGCAUCAGCUGAUUUGUAUGCGAGUUGAGUUCAUCGGAUGUAAAGCGUGUGCAAAGCCUCUUGGUAUGGAAAAUCGCCAGUUGACGCAGAUAUCCGGGUCCUCCAACCCAAAGCGUUGGCAUUAUAUCAGACUCAAUAAUGAUCUACCGUGGUAUCCCCUUACCAGCGACAAUCGAAUAUUUAUCCAAGUUGUUGUAAGUCCCUAUGGCAAAACUGUUACGGCUUUGGCCAUCCAGGGACACAGCUACUGGGUCACUUCCUUUACACUGGGAACAAGUGAGGAUGGCUCAGAGUGGCACGAUUAUUAUGUCGAUGGAAACGUUGUGAGAGUGGUUAAACGCUCUCCUUAUCGUCAAAGAAGCUCGAUAUUGCAAUAUUCACUAAUUAGCUCCAAACUUCUAGAGUGUGCCGAACCACUGGGAAUGGCCAGCGGUCUCAUACCAGACUCCGACAUUCAAGCUUCGUCAUUCAAAGUGGGCGGAGAACCCUGGCGCGCUCGUUUAGGAUCUGGUUCGGGUUGGAUUCCAUCAUCUGUGGCAUCUUCAGAAUACAUUGUGGUAGAUCUUGGAGAGUCAAAAGCCAUAACAUACAUCGAGAUGGAAGGAGAUUCUCUCAAGAACCAUUGGCUGAAAUAUUUUUUCUUGGACUACAGGAUGAGCACUCGAGACCCGUGGACAAUUUAUGAACCUCGUGGAAUAAGUGGGAAAAUAUUGGGUGUAGAGAUGAAAAACAUGGUGGUGACUAUUAAAACAGAACAGAAGCUAGAAGCAAGAUUUAUAAAGAUCCGCGUUGAGAAUUGGCAUUUAGGGGCCAAUUUAAAACUUGAAUUUUAUGGCUGCGACAAAGUAUGUUCCGACGAAAUCGGAAUCGGAACUUGGGCAAUAAAGGACCCUGCUUUCACCGCCUCUAGUUACCUGUCCUCACGCAGAUACCCAUGGAUGGCACGCCUCGAUGGUAGAUGGGCCUGGUGCCCAAGCGAAAACGACACUCAGCCUUUCUUACAAGUGGACCUUGCGAAACCAUACAAAUUACGAUUUAUUGCCACCCAAGGAUUCCACAGCUCGAACAACAGCGCUUGGGUACAGCAGUACACAUUGCACUUUCGCAAAGAACUUUUAUCUUGGAUUCCAUACUCCGAGAAUAGCACAGAAAAAUUGUUUCCAGGCAACUCAGAUGGAACGUCGAUAGUCAAAAACAGGCUCAAUAAUGUUUCCAAUGUGCGAUACAUUCGUCUUCAUCCUAAGAAAUGGCACACAUUUGCAUGUAUAAGAGUCGAGUUAUACGGAUGCAAAGAUUUCGAUGAAGAAAGCUUGAAGCCGUUAGGAAUGAGCGACUAUCGAAUUCCUAACAAUAGCAUUUUAGCUUCAGACAUUUACUUGGAUACUGAGGUGCACGGACCAUGGAUGGCUAGGUUACAUAGUACUGCGGGAUGUUGGGUAUUUCCAAGAGGUGAAAACUUUCUUCUUGUCGACCUGGGUGAAGGUUUAGUGUCCGUAAGUGGAGUCGCUACGCAGGGAUGUAAUAACAAGGUUAUCGAAAAAUACGGACACGUGCUGGAGUAUAAAUUGUCCUUCAGCGAUGAUGGUGCAGACUGGUAUUAUUAUCGAGAGGGAGGGGGCCCUAAGGUUUUCAGCGGUAAUACCCCUGACGAAACAGACCUCCCUGUACGUCACGUGUUUAUCCGGUCAUUUUACACUCGUUACGUCAAGUUCCUCUUGACUCGCUGGGUGUUAGAUACCACUUCUCCUGCGCUGAGGGUGGAAAUUUACGGCAUCAGAAAAGGAGGGGAGUUGCUCGUGGAAGCUAAUAUUUCCAUCAGCGCAUCAAGCUCCCGAUAUCCACUGACACCGCAAGACUGCUUACUCAGUAUUAGGCGAACGUGGUGCGCUGAGUUCGAUGACGAGAUGCAAUACCUCCAGAUUGAUCUGAAGCGAAAUAGUUACAUUGAGGCGAUCAUAACCCAGGGGGCAGUUGUUGAAGAGUCCUGGGUUGAGAAUUAUACGAUUUCGUAUGGUCAUUCCUAUGAUUUGUGGAAAAAAUAUGAAGAGAAUGGCUCUAGCAAGGUCUUUCAGGGAAAUAACGAUAGCUCAUCCAUUGUCACUCGGAAAUUUAUGAAACAAGUCAGGGCGCGAUUUAUCAGGAUUCAUCCUGUCAGCUGGAUUGGACAUAUCUGCAUGCGAUUUGACAUACGAACCGUUGAUCGAAGUAUACCUCUUGGAAUACAAAAACACAAGAUUGCCAAUUCAGCCAUAACUGCAUCCAGUCAUGCUGGAAGUGGUAACGAACCAUGGCGGGCCCGCUUGGAUGUAGGCUUCUUGAGCGAAGCGUGGCGCGCAGGAGAAGACAGCCAUGAUCAGUAUUUACAGAUUGACUUGGGUACUACUCAUAACAUCACUCACGUGGCCACUCAAGGAAGUCAUCGGACAGAUAAAAGCUGCUGGGUGACUCAGUUUAAUUUGUCCCACAGCUUGGAUGGGUCUGAAUGGAACAAGUACGAGGAAAAUGACUCAGUGAAGCUCUUCCAGGGGAACACCAAUGAUUAUGGCAUUGUUCAGCAACAGAUGAAUAAAGAAAUUGAAGCUCGCUACAUCCGAUUUCUGCCUGUCACGUGGUUCAAUCACGUGUGCAUGAAGGUCGAGCUAUAUGGUUACCAAGUUUGCGGCUUCCCUCUUGGCGUAAACAAUGGAGAAUUGUCGAGCGACUCGUUCACAGCGAGUAGUUACGGUAUGAGCAACGAGCCUUGGAAUGCGAGACUGAAUCGCUUGAUUGGCAAUGGAAGCUGGUGCGCCGAGAAAAAUAUCACAGGAGAGUAUCUGCAGAUUGACCUGAAACAUAGUAAAAUGCUUACCGGAAUAUCCACUCAGGGAAAACAUGAUAAAGAUGGAAAAUGGGUCACGGAAUAUUCGUUGUAUUAUUGGGAAAAGGAAGGACUUACUCCUCAGCCUUAUACUGUUAAUGGAUCUACCAAGAUUUUCUCUGGGAAUAUUGACCAGUUUACUACGGUUACACACAGUCUUGAUGGCGUUAAAAAUGCACAGUUUGUCAGGCUUGAGGUGAAGUCAUGGCAUCAAGACAUAUGCAUGAGAGUGGAACUUUUCGGAUGUGAUGCUAAUCUCGUGGAUGGUGGGUACAGCGAAUGGUCGGCUUGGUCGGCGUGCAGUGCUACCUGUGCAGGAGGUUUUCAGUACCGACAGCGAACCUGCGACAAUCCGGAGCCCGAGAAUGGGGGUAAAGACUGCUCAUCACUGGGAGCUGAUAAAGAGGAAGCGAUUUGUAAUACACACAUUUGCCCAGCACUCGACGUAACAGUUCCUUCCGUUGUAGUAAAAGAAGUUCCGGUUGUUAUCAGGAUCAUAAACUGCGGUCGGGAGGUUGUGAGUUUGGAUUUUGGGGAUUGCAACGUAACCAACACAUCGCUCUGCGAAAUUGAACAUAUUUACAACAAAACUGGCUUUGUGGAACUAGUUUUACAAGCUAAAAAUCACACCAUAACGAGACGCCUUAUCCUGGUGCAGGAUGCUAUUACAGGUUUUGUGGUGAACAAAAAAGUUAACGCAAUUUCAUUUAGGGAUACUUUUUUAAUUAAUUGGAAAAUCGAUACGGGUUCAAUGGUUCGUUUUUCGAUCGAUUAUGGAGACAACUCGACAGAAACUUAUUCAUUUUCUUCUGUUCAAAAAGUCCUACAGAGAAAUAAUUCUCAUAUCUACACUGGCCUGGGAGUAUUCUACGUCAUCAUAAUGGCCAUGAAUGAGUUGAACAGCAUCACAAUAUCUGAACAUGUUAUAGUUGAAAUUCCAGUCAAUGUUUCGUGUUUGCUUAUCAAGAAUCUUGGGCCCUUUGAUAACAUAUACCAGAAUGACAGUAUUGAAAUAAAAUUGAAUGUAUCUGAUGGUUCUAACCCGGAAUUUUUGUUUGUUUUGGGCGAUGGAAUAAAUCUUACACAAAGAUCAACAGAAUUGGUGUACAAUUAUCCGCAAAGUGGACUGAAAAAUAUUAGCGUAAUUGUUUACAACAAUAUAAGUGCGUAUCAGUUACGAACUGUUAUAAAUGUCCGAAAAGUCUUUUCACUUGGUAAUGCAACUCUAGAGGUUUCUUCAGCCAACGUUACAGAGCCGGCAUUGAUGAUCCUAAAUGUCAGUGAAGGGUUUCCGUAUCUAUGCUUUUGGUAUUUUGGAGAUGGGAGUUUCAUUCAAAUAUCUUCUUUUCAAAACAGUUCAUUCAUCUACCAUGUUUACAAAACAAUAAAUGUUUUCAACGUAAACAUUAACUGCUCAAACAACUUUGGCUUUAUAGUCCAAAAAGCAACUGUUACGGUACAGCAAGCAAUUAAAAGCCUAACUUUCACCAACAACUGCCCGAGGCAAAUCGAUGAAAUGGUAGUUUUUAACAUAUCAACAGAAGAAAGAGGAACGAAUUCCUGCUUUGUUGUUAAUCUUGGUGAUGGAACAUUUUUUGGGUUUGGUCACGAAGACUGCAGCCAUGAAAACGUAUCGGUACGAUUCUUAGGCUUCGCUGGAAAUUAUUUUUCUAUCAACUACAACUACUCUUCGUUGGGAAGUUAUGAUGUAAGCGUAACAGCGUGGAAUCGUGUUUCUCGUUCCUUCCUACAGGACAAAGCCCUUGUGGUAAAAAUACCUUGCAAUUUUCCCACCAUAACAGUACCAGAGUUUAAAAAAGAUAUAAAUUCUCGAACAGUGUUCACUCCAUUACAGGUGGUUCGUUUUCGUGUUUUUAUUACGAAAAUCGAUUGCAAGGCAACUGAUCAAAAAGAUAUCAUUUGGACUGUUUCUGAGGUGUCAUCUUUGCCAAAGGAUAAAUCUGGAACCCAUACCGUUCUUAACCCAGACAACAAGAAACUCGAGGAGCUAACUAUACAGAAAAAGACCUUGACAUAUGGUGUAUAUAUGAUUAGGUGUAAUGUCAGUAUGAGAGAACAAUACGAUGUGUACAGCAUUGAAGAAGGCUUCAUUGAAAUACAAGGCAAUGCUUUGAUAGCAAUAAUCGAAGGAGGGAGUCUCAUUCAAAAAGCCUUUGGUAAGCCCUACGUACUGGACGGUUCGGAUUCCCGUGACCCUGAUGACGCUGAACCCAAUUUACAGUACUACUGGCUUUGUCAAAAUGCUUCCUGGGAAAUACAGGAAGAUUUAAUGUCCAUGACAAGCGAAACUUACCUUCUUAAUGUCUCUGAUUACAAUGCAUCCACUUUCUGCCAUAGAUCAAGAAACGGAACUUUAAUGAAGGGCGGAUCGUCCAUUGAAAUUCACACAGGCACACUUGGGUUGCAUUCUUCCUAUGCAGUGGCCCUUUUUGUCUCCAAGACAGUGAAUAAUCACUUUCGAAUCUCAAGCUUUACUCAGGUGGUAAAGAUUGUCGAUGGAGAUCCACCAGUUAUCAAAAUCAGGUGCAAACGGAACUGUGGUGCAACUGUUAACGCUGCGGAAAGAUUUCUCCUAGAAGCCCAAAUUGACCCCUUGGAAUCACUUAACACUUUACAAGAAAGAUACCAAUGGAAUGUCUACGAGAAAAUUGAAGAAGGAGAAACAUUUGCCUGGACGAAAUUCAAAGAUACCGAUGCAUCAAAUGUUAAUCAUAUAUAUUUCCUUGAGAACACUCUUAAGCCUGGGAGGUCUUACAAGGUGUCUGUUAUUGGAAUGAUACAUGGUCGAGCGGACGGAUACAGUGAGUUGGACUUCUAUGUCAAUAUCCCACCUCGUGGUGGAAGUUGCUUUGUUGACAAAUCUGAAGGCUAUUCAGACAAGACUUCGUUUUUGUUCCAGUGCAAGGAAUGGGCUGACGAAGAUCUUCCAUUGUCGUACGAGUUUAUGUAUUACACGCGUUACGGGGUCGUGUUUCUCUUGUAUGAUGAUAUUUCACCUGUUUUUGUUACCAAGUUACCACUCGGUGAUGUGGAAAAGAACUUUACCUUGAACUUGCAAGUGAAAGUAAUCGAUGCUCACGGCACAUACAACACCACAAAAAUCGACGUCCAGGUAUUUCUCGGUACAAACAAACAAAAUGAGACUUUAUCAAAGUUCCAGAACUUCGCAAUUAAGUCGUUGUCUUCACUAAUGGAAGAGGGAAAGACACAGGAAGCCACUCGUGAGAUGAAUGCGAUCGCCUCCGUUCUAAAUGCCUUUGCAUUGCAAAAUGGAACCACAGAGAAAGAGGAACGCAAACAAUUAAGAGCGACGAUGGCAACUGUUCUUGCAAAUAAAACAGCAUCGUCUCUCUCUGAUGUGAAGCAGUUGGGAUCAGCCUUAAAUCAAGUGACCCUAAUUAGAGACGAGGUUCCUGUUGAUAUUCAGGAAAUUAGUCUCAAAUCUUUUAAAGACAUGGCGGAUUUGAUCAAUAAAAAGUCGCAUGACAAGGCAACUUCCACAAGUCUCAUCAACGACACAGCCAUCAUAGUAGGAGCGGGCUUAGUCAAUGUCAUCAUGGCGUCCAGCGAUUCGGCUCGACUUGACGGGGAAUAUCCUUCUCAGGACUCGCAACCGUAUUCUAAUGAUACUGUAGAAAAGGCAAGGGUAAUUGCGCUUGAUACCAUGGCAACUUUGGGUAAUGUUACUGAUGUGUUGAGUUCUUUAACGAUUCUUGGAGAAGAACCUCUGAUUAUGUCUGUACCUCGAAUGUCAAUGGUUCUACAAAAGAUGAGAUCGGACAUAGUUGGCGAACACACCGUUGGGAAUGGCCAAGUGUCUGUACACUUGCCUAACCUUACAGAGGUAUUCGGUGGAAUUUCGGCCAGUGGAUACGUGGAUUUACAGGUACUUGUUUUUCCUACCAACCCAUUUACGUGGGACAGCACAGCUUCGACCAUUUCUUCCCACAUUCUCACGGUUAUGCUCAAAGACGAAAAAAAAACUGAAUUAAACGUAUCUUCUCUUAAAAAUGAAAUCAGCCUGAUUAUACCCCAAAACAUAAAGUUGCUUCCGGAACCAUCACCAGCAUUCAUGAACGGAGGCAACGGCAGUAUUCGUUAUCAUAAAUUUGACAUCACAAACGUGGAACACCCAAUGAGUUUUCGGAUUAAACCUAGCAAAAACGAUGUAUUUUUUGCGAUCUAUUGGGGCUAUCAGGAGCGUCCCGAGAUGGGAGACCAUAACUUAGUCACUGUUUUGCCAGACUUUUCGUCAUGCAGCGUUCUUGAUGGCAGCCGUGAGACCUGCGAGUAUGAUCCUUACAUGGUAUUCAUAAGCGGAUCAUCUAUACCAAGAUCUGGCGAAUAUUACCUGGGUAUCAGAAGUUAUCGGGCAUCAAAUGGUACACGGUCUCGCAUGCGGAGGUCUUGUUUCGAUGGCGCUCGAAUCAAACGCUCUUGUAUAACUUAUAAAGAUCCUCCACCUCGACCAACGACUGAUCCUCGGGGGGAAUACAAACUUCAAGUACCCGUCUACGAUGCUGAUAAAGACGUCAAUUAUACAGUUAACAGUUUUACAUCACCAUGUAAAUUCUGGGACGUCAAGAACGAGACAUGGUCUUCAAAGGGAUGUAAGGUUGGAAACAAGACCCGAAUUGACCAAGUCCAUUGUCUAUGUACUCAUCUGACUUCUUUUGGAGGAGGGUUCAUCCAAGCUCCAAAUCCUAUAGACUUUGAUAAAGUUUUCGAGGGCUUCAAAAAUUUGUCCGACAAUGUUGCUGUGCUGGCAACUAUUGUGACAGCAUUCGCCAUCUAUAUUUUGAUGGUAUUGUGUCUGAGAAGAAUGGACAAGCGGGAUGAACUUAUUGGCAUUCCUACGACAAUUCAAACCCACGAAGGUGUACCCCUAAACAGCUAUGAGAUUAUAAUCCAAACUGGCUCAUGGCGAGGCUCUGGUACAACAGCCAAUGUCUUCAUAGUCCUGGUGGGCGAGGAUGGCGAAAGCAACCCCAUCGCACUAAGGGAUGAAAACAAAUCUCUUUUCACCAGAGGAUCGACGAAUGAAUUCCUCGUUUCAAUUCCUGAGAAUCUUGGAAAAUUGCUCUACCUUACGGUAUGGCAUGAUUUGUCAGGCAUAAAUUCUUCUUGGUAUCUCAGUUAUGUUAUCAUUCGCGAGAAUAAAACAAGGGAACAGUACAUUUUUGCGUGUGACCAUUGGCUCGCCCUAGAGAGAGGAGACGGUUCAGUAAGGAGAGUUAUACCAGUAAGCGACAAAAAGGAACUAACAAGUUUUGGGAUCCUUUUCCGUACCAAGACAUCUAAAGACAUAUUUGAUGGCCACCUUUGGAUCUCUGUUGUAGGUAAACCAUCUAAGAGUAACUUCACUCGUGUCCAGAGAUUGACCUGUUGUAUGUCACUUCUAUUUAGUGCAAUGAUAACAAACGCAAUGUUUUACAACAUUGGAAACAAGUCAGACGAUUCCACUGUUUCCAUUGGACCAUUUUCAUUGAGUCUCAAGCAGAUCAUAAUUGGAAUUCAGAGCAGUCUCAUUGCGCUCCCAAUCAACAUCAUAGUCUUGCAGAUAUUUCGUAAUCUAAAGCAAAAGAAAACAACCAGUUCAAAAUAUAAAAGGCCAUUUCCCUUCCGAAGAAACGCAGUGUUCGUCAGCGAUGAAUGGUCAGACAAAGAUGCUCCGAUGGAACCAAUCCAGGAAACUUCAGGUGGACGCUUGCCUCACUGGUUGAUCUACAUAGCGUAUCCUCUGUGCUUUCUGAUAGUGAUGACUGCAGCAUUAUUUACUUUGUUUUACAGUAUGCAGUGGGGAAAGGAAAUAUCCAACAAGUGGCUCUCAUCCAUGCUUGUAUCAUUUUUCCAGGACGCAUUUAUAACACAGCCCUUAAAAAUCUUCCUCGCCGCUCUAGUUAUCUCAUCAAUUUUGAAGAAACUACCCAGCGACUUUACAGAAGGGCCAUUUGCGGGUAGGAAAACAAGCAUUGUAGACCCCAAACCAACCGCAUUUGACAGAGAAGAGGCAAUAAAAAGACCACUCUUUAUGUCUAAACCUCCAGACGAGACCCUAGUGGAGAAGGCCAGGAAGUACAAAUUGAACGAGUUGAAAGCUUUCAGGAUACUGAGGGAAAAUAUCUUGCAUCUGCUAUUUCUAUCGUCGUUGCUGGUGAUAAGUUAUUCCACGAGAGACCCAGAUGCUUUCACUCAGAGCAGAUAUCUGAGAUACGUGUUCGGUGAACAGGCUAACGAUAUCCGGAGUCUUUGGUCUUUCUUGGAAACUGGUUUGCUACCUUUUGUCUUCGACAAAAAGUGGUAUAACGGUGAUGAGGACAAAUUAGAUGGGUUCACUGAAGACAAGUACUUGUAUAUUAUUGGUAUGCCACGCCUUAGACAACUCAGGUCCAAGAAAGUAAACUGUGAAAGUGAAUACUCCCAAGACCUAAACAUGAGUUGCAGUGGUUCUUACUCCGUUAUUGACGAGGAAAAAGAUUUCUAUUUACCUGGAUGGAUAAAAAAAGGCGACUUGAGCUAUUCGGCAUGUCCGGCUUCAUGGCGAUACCAAACAGCUCUAAAACUGGACGGACUGCCUUUUUGGGGUAGUAAAACGAUUUACAGUGGCGGAGGAUAUACUGCUGACCUGGGUUACUUCAUGGAGCAGGCUAGAGAAGUGAUAAGUGACUUACAGACCUACAAAUGGGUUGAUCAGUUCACACGUGCAAUCUUUGUCGAGCUUAGUGUGUUCAAUGCUCCAGCCAAUCUUUUUAGCAGUGUUACUUACUUGGUGGAGUUUACAGGUACCGGGGGCUCUUCAACGUAUUUGAAAGUGGACACUUUCCGCCUUUAUCAGCAUAUCGGCCCCUGGACUGCAGCGGUUGCAUUUAGUGAGUUUGUGGCCAUUGUGACUGUUGCAAUAGCUCUCUACGUGGCUUGCAAGAAGAUUUCUAGGGAGAGAAAAGGAUUUUUCAAGAAGGCUUGGAAUGUUGUCGAUGCUGCGCAGAUUGGGCUAUCCAUCUCUGCUAUAGCACUGUUCUUCAUCCGACUGAUGAACGCAAACUGGACUAUCGCAAAAGUUCAGGAGAACCCAUUUGUAUUCGUAAGCUUUCAUUAUGCAAUGAAGUGGGACGAAGUUAGCACUUACGUCAUUGGUGCCAUAGUAUUCAUCGCCACGUUAAAGUUUCUCCAACUGCUGAGCUUUAACCGGCACAUUGCUGUCCUUUCGCAUACAAUUUCUCGUGCCGCAGUAGAGCUGCUACCGCUGGGAAUGGAAGUCUUACUCACGAUUUUUGCUUUUAAUAUCUUUGCUUACGUUGUUUUCGGAAGCCGGGUCGAAGGUUUUAACAACUUCAUAACGACCUGUGAAACUACACUGGCUAUGACGCUUGGGAAGGCAUACUUUAUGGAGCUGAGCGAUUCGGAGGCUGUCCUCGGUCCUUUGUUUUUCGCUAUGUUUGUGAUAACUAUGCAAUUUUUCCUUAUCAACAUGAUUCUGGCUGUUAUUAUGGACACCUACAAUGAAGUUAAUGCUGAAAUCGAUGAGAACUCCCCAGAGUACGAAAUGGCUGGUUUUCUUCUAUGUUAUUUAAAGUCUUUCUUCGGUGAUCACUCUGAGUUUAAGGCCGGAGACGAGGUCUGGAGGAAAUCUAAAGAGAAGGGAAACAAAACUGUUAAAACUGAGAGUGUCAAAGAAAACCUCCUUGUUUUAAAGGAACAGCGUAAUUUGCUGAAGGAAAGGCUAAAAUCGUUGCAAACUUUGGACAAAGAUGUCGCCGAUUCGGAGCUCUCUUUUGUAGAGCGGUGGCACGCCAUCUGUAUCUCUGCUGAUUAUGAGACUGAUGCAAAGUUGUUAGAAGUGAUGACGUUCUACCUUGGCCACGAAACCGAUUGCUCCAUCGAACUUAGUGUUUCAGAUAACGAGGCCGAUGCAUUUGCAUAA